AUGGCGGAUGAAGAAGACGGAGAUGCAAACGACGAAAUCGAAGACGAAGAAGAUGAAGCUUCAGAGAAAUUGAUGAGACGGGCUCAAAUUGCAACACAAUUAACAGAAACAUCACAAGAUCGUCUGGUGAGUUUCUUUUUACCUGCUCCGACAGUACCAAUACAUAAUUUUGGCCUCUUAGUAGAUGGGUAUGUUAUGUUGGAGUCAAGAUGCACUACUAGUGGAAUAGUAGGUGUUGUAAUGCGUGGAAAAAUAACAUAUUUCUUUGGAGAGAGAGAUGCACUGUGCUUCUCUGAAUCAUUUUGUCAUGUGGGGUGGCUUGCAAUUAUUUUUGGCAGGAGUGUUUCAUGGUUUGACAUUGGGAGUGUGUUGAUGGGUUAUGGAAUUUGGGUUAUUUCGCUCAUGGUAUCGACAUAUAUAACUGAAAUAACACCUAAGCAUCUCCAAGACUCAUUCACCAUUAUCAAUCAACUAACAAUAUGUUGCAGGAGAUCACUUAUAAUACAGCUUUUCGGCCUAUUUUUGAUACAAGAUUCUCCUAGAUGGCUGACCAAGGCUACCCACUGGAAAGCAUACACAACUUCUCUUCCGCACUUUAAGAGGAACACUGUCAGUAUAUCAUCAACAACUACUUCAGUAGAGGAAUUCAUUUCAAUCCUUCAAAUACUCUCCAAGGUUAAGAUGCUUGAUUUUCUCAAAAGGAAGGAUGCUUGUUCUCUGGUAUUUGGAGUUGGAUUAGUGGUAUCGCAUCAAAUUGGAUAA